CCUAAAACCCUGGAAGUUAUGAAGGACCUUUUUCCUCUGCAACUCUAACUUAUAGAAACCCAAUUUCAUAUGGAAACCAGUGCGGCCAUGGAUGUCGAGGAGCAACCUUCACCCAACGCAAGCGACGUUAAACGCUUCGGCCUUAAAAACUCUAUUCAAACCAACUUCGGCGACGACUAUGUUUUCCAAAUCGUCCCAAACGAUGAUUGGAGUGCAAUGGCGGUGUCACUGUCAACGAACGCAGUGAAACUGUAUUCACCUGUGGCGGGUCAGUAUUAUGGAGAAUGCAAGGGUCACUCUGAAACCAUCAAUCAGAUUUUGUUUUCGGGUCCUUCAAAUCCCCAUGUUUUGUGUUCCUGUUCUUCUGAUGGCACCAUUAGAGCUUGGGACAUAAGGACUUUUCAGCAGGUUUCUUCCAUCAAUGCCGGUCCUUCUCAAGAGGUUUUCAGCUUCUGUAUUGGAGGGACUGGUGGAAAUUUAGUAGCCGCCGGGUGUAAAUCGCAGAUACUGUUCUGGGAUUGGAGAAAUAUGAAGCAAGUUGCAUGCCUGGAGGACUCUCAUGUGGAUGAUGUCACUCAGGUUCAUUUUGUCCCUAAUGAACAAGGCAAGCUGAUUUCUGCUUCAGUAGAUGGGUUGAUCUGCACAUUUGAUGCUACUGGAGAUAUCAAUGAUGAUGAUCAUCUAGAAUCAGUGAUUAACAUGGGGACUUCAAUUGCAAAGGUGGGGAUUUUUGGAGAGAAUUAUCAGAAGCUUUGGUGCUUAACACAUAUUGAAACCCUGGGUAUCUGGAACUGGAAAGAUGGUAGAAAUGAAGGAAACUUCUCAGAUGCUCGUACUAUAGCUUCUGAAAGUUGGAACUUGGAUCAUGUUGACUAUUUCAUUGAUUGCCACUAUUCCAGAGAAGCUGAAAAACUAUGGGUGAUUGGUGGCACUAAUACUGGUACUAUGGGCUACUUUCCUGUAAAUUACGAAGGAGUGGCUACAAUUGGAGCUGCAGAAGCAAUUCUUGAAGGAGGCCACGCAAGUGUUAUUAGGAGUGUUUUACCCAUGUCAACAAUUCCUAGUGGACCUACUAAUAGUCCUAGCCAAGGCAUUUUCGGAUGGUCGGGUGGAGAAGAUGGUCGGCUGUGUUGUUGGCUCUCUGAUGAUUCCUCUGAAUCAAAUCAAUCUUGGAUUUCAAGCACUUUGACUAUGAAGCCAGAAAGAACAUGUAAGAAACACCGUCAUCACCCCUACUAGCAAAUAGCAUGCCGAGCCAUUAACUUAGAUGGUUCAAAGCCCGAGGAGCAUUUUUUGUUUUAUUUGCCAAUAGUUUGUUUUAUUUUUCAUCACAACAUGGGUUGAGAUGUGUUGGAUUUUUAUUAUAAAAAAAAAUUGUAUUUGUACGUGAGCAUUUUUCAUAGCCCUUUUUGUUUUUCCAAAAUAUAGGACACUUGAGUCAUUUUGUAAUCUUGUAUUUGUAUGGAGUGUCAAUAUUAUGUGAUGAUUUUCUAGGUAAUCAGUAACUUUCUAGACCGCUUUGACAA